CUGUAAUGUGCCAAGCCGAGGGCAGUAUUCGCUUGCCGCGGCUGGGCUGACCCUUCAUCCGUAAGUGACACACAUCACAUCGUCUCUCUCUGUGCCAUGCCUUAGUGCAUGACGGGUGUCUGCGUGACCCGUUCGGCCCUCCCCCUCGCCCCUCCCUCCACCCAUGGAUGCCCUCACCUCCCCCACCCCCCCGCACCAGCAGCAGCCCCCUCUCAGACUGACCACCCUGCUGUAGCUGAUUCACUCCCGCACACCACGGUGCUCGACCUGCCCCUGCGGACGCCCGACUCCAUAGUGGCAGCUGUGCUGGACUGGGGCGAGUCCACCGACGAGGACGACGCAGAAGCGGACGACGGCGCGCAUUCACGCGCAGGGGCAGAGGAUCAUCAUUGGAUUGACCCUGCUGUUGGUGCUGGAGCUGAAGAGCUUCAUCUCUCUCUUUGUUGCAAGGAGAGGGCCUUGGUAUUGCCUGCUGAGGGAGAGGGGGACGACUGCGUGGGGUUCUUCCAGCGGUCGACUGACAUGCCGGCGGCCGACACCGAGAUGACCCACUCUAUACUCGCGGUUCAUCCCAUCUUCUGCGCAGACAUGGACACACACGGGGGGGCCAGGGGCGGUGGCCGGGGUGGCAAGGGGCGCACAAGCAGCAGCGGCAAGGCACCAUCCAUCUCCACAUCCACACCCACACACACAGCCACAGCCACAGCGGUGCGGCAGCAUCAUCAGCAGCAGCAGCACUGGCCCGUGUCGAUUCUCAAGCGCAAGGCGACUCCCACCGUCAGCAAGCAACCGGAGGGCACGCAGGCGAGCAGCGAGUCGGAUACCGAUCACCGCCUUAAGCAGCCCGUGCUCUCGCGGCAUGACUCGAUCGUUUUGCGCAAGGGGCAGCUGCAGGCCGACAUGGACGGCAAACAGCACCAGAAGAAUUGCGGCAGUGACUGCUGUGGGAAGGUGGUGGACGGGGAGGCUCUCGCCAUGCCCGACGGCUGGACCUCCUUCGCCCCAACGGCCUCCUCCUCCACGACCGUAGACAGCCCCACCCCAGUACCUGUCAGCUUCCCCGCCCCCAACGACACCGACACCGACGCACACGCGGCACCGGCUGCAUGUGACAGCACCAGCCUCCCCUCGGACGAGCCGUCCUCGGCCGACGACCACCUACUUCUUUGCCCCACUGCCACCGCCAACCACACGGACGGUCGUCUGGGUGGUGCUGGGUUUGGGUCGGUUGAGGCGUGUGUCAAGAGCGGGACUGAUGUGAGCGGCAUGAGUAGUGGUAGCGUGUUGACGGAGGGAGGGGAGGGGGAGGUAGAGGGAGGGGGGGAGGAGCCGGUGGAUAGUCUCGGACGACUGGUGGAGUUUUGUGAGGACGGACGGCGCAUCCGGAGGGACGCCUGGGGCACACCGAUCGGGGCAGAGGGCGGCAGGCACAAGGUCAGUCAGUCAGUCGGGCAGACAGGCACACAGCAACAGCACCAUGGAUGGAUGGCACAUCUGUCUGUCUGUCUGUCUGCCUGGCUGUGGGGUCUUGUCAGGUGACGUUUCGCGACGCCAUUCUCAACGCGCCUCUGUGCGACGUCCAUGUGUCGUGGACGCACUACCCCUCGCCCUCAUGCAAGACACAGCCGCCCUGCUUCCCCCCAUUCCGCCUGGCACACCUCUCCCCCACACGACUCUUCCCGCCACAGUCGCCCAUGGCACGACGGCUACAGCAGCACCAACACCAGCAGCUUAAGCAGAGGCCGCCACACCCACACGCCCUGCCGGCCCCCCCGACCACUCUCGACCCCAACAGGAUGGCCGUCGACCCCGCCAGAGUUGACUACCUGGAUGUGGCCGUCCAAGAGGACCACCGCAUCACGGGAAAUGGGCGUGUGGUGGCCGUGCGGCUCAGCAGAGGGGCGCGGGACGAUGCCGAUGGCCAUCAUGGCGCGAUUGGGCGGUCGGUGUCUGCGCCCGCUCUCGGGGGCCGGCUGCCGCUGCGUGUGUGCGACCAGUCGCCUGUGAGCCUGCACGGGGUGUCGGUUGCGUACGAGGUGCGCGAGGGCUGUGUGGAUGGGGUGGGGGGGCUGCUGGGCGAGGAGGUGGGGGUGAGCGGCGAUGGGUAUGGGGACGGGUGGGACGAUGUGAGACGCAGGAGGGGCAAGCACAAGGCGUGCGCCAUCAUGUAGCCACCAACUACCUACCUAGCCUAGCUAGCCAGCCAGCCGCGGGGAGCGGGAUCUUUUUUGACGUCCCGUCUCCUCUCCCCCCCCCCUCUCUCUGUCUGUCUGUCUGUCUGUGCGUGCGUGCGUGUGUGUGUGGAGGGGGUUGGUUGGUGUGGGUGUGGGUGUGUCUUCUUUCUCGCCUCGCCUUGUGAGCGAGUGGCCGGGUGGGUUGGUGGGGUGGGUUGGUGGGUCCUUCUUUCUUGAUGCAUCUCUUUCUCCCUGUCGGUCUGUCUGUCUGUCUGUCUAUGUGUCUAUGUACUGACUGAUUGCAUGGAAUGCAUUCCAGGAAUGGAUGGCUUUAUCCAUCUCUAUCUAUUAUAUACUCAAUCUAUCAAUCGUCGAGUGACCGGAUGGACGGACAAGUAUGCCUAGUCACACAGGGGGGCAGGAAUGGAUGGAUCGGCCGACCGAUGAAUGCAUUAGCGAGGAAAGGCGGUGUGUGUGUGUGUGCGGAUCGAUCGCUCUGUGUCGAAGUGGCCUGUUUUGCUUGCCAUGUGCCACAGUUAGCAGAGCCGAGAUUCGUGACAUGUGGCUUCUUCUCUGAUGGAUUGCCUGUCCGCCUUUCCUCUCUCUGUUGUGCGGGGGAUGGCAAGCUGACUGACAAGCAGAAAGGACGGACCGAUCGAGAUGGAUGGACAGAAAUGAGAUGCAUUGCAUGCGUGUGGUUGAACGAACAAGAUUGCCCCGUGUUGGUGGUUGAACGAAUGAACAAGAUUUUCGUUGGCUGUGUCCUGUGUCCGUCCAGCUAGUUGCCCUGCGUCAAGUCAAUGGCUGCCUGCCUGCCUGCGUCAAUCAAGUGACUGACUGACUGACUAGCUGACUAACUGACUGACUGCAGGCGUAGCUGCCCUCACUGUUCAUACGCACACACACCUCUUUCUUCCUACUUACACGUACUAUCAGCGCCGCUCACUGGGAGGAUGCCUGGGCUGCACACUAUGGUUGCAGGGGGCGUGCCAGUGCAGCAGAGCAGGUGGGGGCGGGUUGGCUGACUAAGUGACUAACUACCUCUCUGGCUAGGGUUCAAGUCAAUGGCUGCCUGCCUGCCUGCGUCAAUCAAGUGACUGACUGACUGACUAGCUGACUAACUGACUGACUGCAGGCGUAGCUGCCCUCACUGUUCAUACGCACACACACCUCUUUCUUCCUACUUACACGUACUAUCAGCGCCGCUCACUGGGAGGAUGCCUGGGCUGCACACUAUGGUUGCAGGGGGCGUGCCAGUGCAGCAGAGCAGGUGGGGGCGGGUUGGCUGACUAAGUGACUAACUACCUCUCUGGCUAGGGUUUAGACUUUGUCCAUAGCGCUGCUCAAUGAAUGAAUCGAUGGCUGAUGAGUGGAUGAGUGGAUGGAUGGAUGGAAAAGAUCACAACAAGGGGGUUGGGCGUUUUGUGACCUGCUGCCUGUCUGCCUGUCUACCCGUUGAUCGUCGUAGCUAAUGUCUCUCUCUCUGCUUUGCUCUUCUCUCUCCUCUCGUCUGCUCGUCUGACGCUCUCGCCUCUCUGCUGUCUGUCUGGUGGGCAAACCCGCUGAGCGACUCAAGUGAGUGACUUACCUUUAUCUGCCACACACAUUUUUGCCUUCUUGCUCUCUUGUCGACUCUCGUCUCUCCUGUCUGUCUGAGAUCGUUCUCGUUGUGGCCUUUUGUCCCGGUGUGUACAACAACCCCCUCUCGCCUGCUCGUCUGUCUGUCUGUCUGUCUGUAGGCGACGCCACUCCUCUCUUGCACCGCUCGCUCACACAUCUUCAUGGCUGGCAGGACUGCUCACACACACACGGACACUCGCUACGCUACGCUACGCUACGCUACACGACCCAUUUGUGCGACAUGCAUGGUGAUUUCACUCAGUCACUCACUCACUCAGUCCCUCACAGUAGCUCGAUCGCCUCCUCACCCUCGUCUGCCUGCCUGCCUGCUCGUACCGCAUCGUUGGAACCGAUUGCGCCUGCACGUGUGUGUGUCUGUGUGUAUGUGUGUACUGACUUACACUGCUCCAUUUGUCAUGCCACACAUGUCCAUGGUCGACGCUGCCGAAUUCUGUCUGCCUAUCUAUCUAUCUAUCUGCUGCCUCCCUCACUCCCUCGCCUGCCUAAGUGCUGUCUGUGAUGCGUGGCUGGGAUGCGUGGAGGACACACACACAUACACACCAGAUGGCGUGCGGACCUUUAAGCGAUGACGUCCCAUGAACCCCCUGGUCAUUUAAAU